AUUUAAAGCUGGGUCACUUGAAACUUUUUUUGAGGAUACAUUCUGAAUGUUUAUUCGUUGAGAAAGUGACUGUCACUGUAGCUCUUUAGACAAAGGAGAUAUUAAGUGUCACAGGGCUUUAGAAGUCGUUCACACCCGGAAGUGCAGUGAAAGGUAAUUUAGCUGUGUUCUAGAGCAAUAAACCUUCUUCUUCAUUCCAAGAAAGUCAGUUUGAGAUACAGAAAAAGCGAUUAAAAGCUUAAAGGGGAUUGUUUUGUUUAAUCUCCUCUAAAUCACAGGAGAUUUAGCUUAACAAAAAUAGCUGAACAUAACUAACCACCAAGUAAAGAACUCUACAAUGACUUCGAAACUGUCAAGACUUUGCUACAUAUCAUUUUUUGCCAUUGCCACAUUAUGGUCAUUCAUUGCUGCAUUUGACAUUACAUCAACAACAUUUACAGUGUCAUCAACAGCACCAUCAACUGCGCCCUUGACAGCGCGAGCAACUGUGCCAUCAACAGCACCAUCAACAGCGCCAUCCACAGCACUAUCAACCUCUCCAUCACCAGCUCGAUCAACUGUAUCAUCAACUUUAACUAACAAAACAGCAUUUACUCAGUCUGUGAGUCUAAAGAGCACAGAAUAUACCUCUACAAGCACCAAUGCUACCAAACUAGAAAUUACCACUGUUGCCCCUCUUCAAGACUCAAUAACCACAACUAACACAAGUGCCAGUCAUCAAAACACCACAACACUUAACACUCCCGUGAUGUCACUUGCUACUACAAGCUUGCCCAAAACAGAAGUUCAAACAUCUGUAAAUGAAUCUUUGGGCACCACAAAUUUUAAGACAAAAGAACCAAUAACUUCAGUCACAACACAAUCUUCAGUCACAACAUCAGUCGCUGGUUACACCUCAACUGCUGGUAAAGAAAAGGGAACCGCGAUGUCAACCAUAACCCAAGAAUUUUCUACUCUCAAAAAUGUUACAGUACUUACAUCCCCCAAUGGACCAUCUGCAACCAACUUAUCAGUAGGUCCUGAACUCUCCAGUCUAAAGCAUUCUGAGGCCAUUUUGACAUCAGUCUUCAGUACAAUGCUAGUUAUUGUUAUCUUGACAAUACUUAUCUUAGCCAUUAAAAAAUACAGGAGAAGGAGAUUACAGUACUCUCAUCACCCCCUACGUGAACAGAUAUAUGAAUCAGUUGACAGCUAUUCUACCCCUGAUGAUACACUUGUGAUUUCUGGAGGACUAUAUGAGGCACCCCGAAUUUACAAUCCCAACAUGACAGUUUUAGAAGAAGAAGAAGAAAGUCAACAUGAAUAUGUGUCAUUUAGUUCAAGACCUGGACAGUUUAGACUCGAGUUCUUGCCAACAGGAAAUGCAUCAUAAAAGCUAUUAAAUAUGAAGUUUUGCUAUCAAGAGAUUCACCAGUAAUCAAAGCCAAAACUUUCAAUAUUUAAUUAUUCACUAAACCACGAAUUGCUGGGAACUGAUCAGGGGAUUCAUAACUUCAUACUAAAAACAUAAAUUCUUGCUUGGCAAUUUUUGGAUAAUGUAUUCAUUUUCCUCACUGAAAAAAAUACAUAUUUUACAGUUUAGUGAAAAACACAUUUUACUGAAUAAUGCCUAAUGCCAACCUCAUGCUUACAUCUUAUAUAUAGAUAGUUUAAGUAAAAAAAAUUGGAUAGAAGGCACAUAUCAGCUCAAAGGUCGUGUUUUCACUCAACAUCCUUUAAACUUUUAAUAGAUCUAUCACCUUCAUAUAUUCAAAUGAAUUAAUUCAAUUAUCUUCUAAGGUAUAGGUUUUUUGCACAUUGGUUCAAUUCUGGUGGACUGACAGACAACCAUUUUUUAGAGUGCCUUGUUGAUCUAGAAAAUAUGUUAAAAUAUGCAUUUAAAAUAAAAAAUAAAAUAACUUUUACUAAAUAGCUCUUCCUCCACCUCUAGGAUACAUAACAAGUCACAAGUUCCCCAAGUCACAUUUAUCAUCCCGACUUCUAAUUCUUGGUUUAGAGGCAAAAGAGACCUUAAAGAAAUAAUCUGUUUUUUUAAAUAAACCGUUAGUUUUAAGAUGGAGUUAGAUUGAGUACGUAUUUAUUACAAUGGGUAUUAGACUCGGGAGCUCAGUGUAGUGUUUCCCCCAGAGGUGGCAAAUAACAUCCCCAGACAUGACUUCAAUUUACGGAUAAAGAAUGCUAAAAUGAAUGUAUUAAUUUUUACCAGUGACUGCAGUUUUAGUUAUUUUUCGGUGAUGCACUAAUUUUCUAAAUUUGGAUCAUAUUUGUGCCUUACAGCCAUUUCAAGAGUUUGUUAACUAAUAGUAAUUUAAAUCUGAAAGUGCCUAAAAUAUUAUACUUAAAGGAAAACUCCAAGGACCACAAGCACUACAGCGCACUGUAUUGGUUAUAAUGCCAGCAGUUCCCUGGUGUCAAACCAUUUUAAAUUGUAGUCAAACCAUUUGGAUUGGUUUGACUUCUUACUGUGGUUCCAAGGCCUGCUCCACUUCUCCUUGCAGGUUGAAGUGAGAGCAGAACUUUUUUUAAGAGCUUUUUUAGCUCUCGUGAGCUAAGCUCUGCAGUGCAGGGCUGGGUCAUUGGCUGCGAGAUUCAGCUGUAGCUGUAGUUGAGGUGCUUGAAUUAUGUAUUUUUUUUUUUUUAAACAAUGUAACGGGAUCUACUCAUUCCCAGUAGUACUACUGCCUCUAAUACUUUCACUGUGA